AUUUCAUAUAGUAUUCAACUAUUCAAACAGGUUUAUGCCGCCUUCUCAAGCAACUCUCUGUAAACUAAGCGAGAAGGCAUUAUUUGAUACUGAGAGUGUCAGCUCUUGGUUCCCAAAUGUGGAUGUCACGUAUAUUGGAGUUACAAGUACAAAUUGGAUGUGUGCUUGGGGGGAGAUUGAAACCAAGAGAUUGUAUGAGGCAGCUUUGAAGAAAAAUGGUAGAGUCAUUGGUAGGAAGAUCCACUUCUUAGACAUGGUCGGAUUAAACCAUUUUGCACACUGGGACCAACCUCAUGAAUUUUUGCAAGUUGUGGCAGAUGGGAUCCGCAAGAAUGACUGUUAGGCAUUUGCACAAAGGGUGCUUGAAACAAAUAUGCUGCUUCUAAUACUGAUAUUCUGUAUACUGGUCCUACAGCAAUGCAGUUUUUCAUUUUCCUUGUCAAAGCAUGUAUGUUCACCUCUGACUCAAAAGUAAUUCUUUUGAAUUUUACUCCUACAAUAUAAC